GCCUUGCGCAAAACUGGCCCGGUGGCGGUGGUGGUGAACCAUCGGACGGAUACCCUGGUCAGCAGCAACCGCUGCUUGCAGGUGAACCUCCCCGGGAUGAGUACCGAUGAGCGCCGGUGUUUUUCCUACUUUCGCGCUCACACCGUGCCCGCCAUGGUCGGCUGGUUCGAUUCGGAGAUCUGGCAACGGCUGGUCCUGCAGAUGGCUCAGGCGGACCCGGCCGUCUGCCACGCGGUAGCCGCCCUGAGUGCCUUGCAUGAAGCCUCCUCAAGAGGCCAGGGCGCCUGGGACCCUAGAAGACAUCAGCAGUUUGCCCUGGAGCAGUACGGGAAAUCCAUCUCGCUCCUCUCCAAACGACUUAGAUCCAACGAUCCGUGCCUGCGGCAGGUGGUCCUGGUCUGCUGUUUGGCCUUCAUCUUCAUCGAGUACCUGCAGGGUCGCUACGACCACGCUUUCACCCAUCUGGCAAACGCCCUGCACAUUCUCACUAACCAUCGCGGCGCCGUCGCUCGUUCGUCGCUGCUGACGAAAGUCUUGUGCGACUCCUCCUCCGAUCAUCGAUCCACAGACGAGUCGGCCCUGUUGAAGGUAUUCACGCAUGUAGACGUGCAGUCUGCGCAUUUCGGAGCCAAAACAUCGCUCCCGGACCUGAGUCUAGCCAUCGCUAGUCUGACGGAUGUUGUACACCAAGGCGUCGUCUUCACAAGCAUAGUCGAUGCCAAACAGAAACUCGACUCGGUGUUCAACAAUAUCCUUCGGUUCCGCACAACAUGUGCACCACUCUUACAUGACCCCACCACCGACUUGCUCCAUCUAGCCGUCGAGACAGAGAAGAUGCGCAGUCAGCUACAGGCGCACAUCGCCGCCUUUGACGAGCUUCUUGCUCGUUAUCCCAAUCCAACGCCCAAGGAGGCCCGCAGCAUCGACAUCAUCCGACUCCACCAUUUAGUCGGUACGGUGGACCUGGACACAGUUCUUGAUCCGUUGGAGACGGUGUACGACUCAUGCCUGCCACGCGUGCGAAAAUUUGUGGAUAUCAGCGAGCGAGUGAUCGCCAGCCUCAAGGCCGAAUACAAAGACAGACCCCUGCCAGAACUCAUGAUGGACUUGGGCGUUAUUGCGCCACUGGGCUGGGUGAGCCUGCGCUGUCGCGACCGAGAGACCCGACAGCGUGCUCUGGACCUACUGCAGGCCUGGCCGCACCGUGAAGGAUCAUAUGACUCGAGAUUCUUCGUCCUAGUCGCGUCCCAAAUAAUGGCUAUCGAGAAUGAGGGUGCGGAUCCCAAUGGGUAUAUCCCUGAACAAAGCCGCAUCCGGUUCUGGUCAUUGGAUAUGGCACCAGAUCGACGCUCAGCUGUGCUGAAUUACCAAUUGUCGGAUUUGCAGGGAGAGACACAAGUUUGCCAACGAGAGUUGAAUCUCGUCAAGUCCGCGAAAUUACAAACAUCCAAUAUCUAGCCCAACGCUAUGCCUUAUGACUGACGGAUGAUAAUAGAAUGAUGAUAAGAUCGAUCAAACCAUAGAUAGAAAAGGAGAUAGAAAGAUCUGGCCGGCUCAUGGGCCAGUGGAGGAAAUCAUGACAAAAAAAGCCUUCAACAGGGCAAUCACAGCCAAAGUAAUCACUUCUCGC